GCGCGUCGACACCUCGCUCGCCUCGGCUUGACCGAGACACGCCAAGCGUCGGCUUUAAAUUUUGUUUUUAGCCGCCCGCGACAGCAAGCAGCGCCACCAGCAACAGCAGCAGCAGCAGAGCCACAGCAGCAGCAGGGCUCCUGUUCGUUGCCUUCCUUCUUCGCACUUCAAAAGGAAAAGGGCGAAGCGAAAAAGAGGUUGUUUAUUACCCUCCUCCUCCGAAAUAAGAGUGAGAGAUCUUUAGGCUAAGGGUAAGAGCCCAGAGAGACUUAAAACCGGGCAGCCGCAGCCCGACGGACAUCACAGACAGGAGCAGGAUGUUGGCCAUGGCGCAGCGGGCCGAGCCCACGGCCAUGCUGAACCACCGCGGCGAGCGCAUCAUGCCGCUGCCGUACCGCCCCAAGCCCCUCGUCGUCGGCGCCUCCAAGAGCAAGGCCACCAAGACGCGCAAGCUGUCGGUCAUGGAGGGCGGCUACGAGCAGUACGCGCACCUGACCAAGCGCCAGCGCAGCGACUACAACCUGGAGCCGGAGCUCGAGCCCGCGUGCUUCGGCAUGAAGCGGCAGGAGAGCGCCGAGCGGGUCACGCCCUUCGACCUGCACCUGCAGGCCGUGUACGAGGGCGACGCCGAGGACGGACUGCAGUUCUUCGAGUCGCACGGCUACUACGACGUGAGCGACGCCAACACGGUGGAGAUGUUCCGCCAGAACUUCGGCCUGGGCGAGGCCUUCUGGCUGGGCAGGGGCGACUGGGACGACGACGACAGCGACCUCGACGAGGAGCACCUCGCGUUCGACACGCUGGGCCCCGCCGUCUACCCCUUCGGUUCGCAGCAGCAGAUCAUGAGCUCCAGGAACCUGCUGCACCGCGAGCGCACCGACUCGGGCAGGUUCACGCUGCUGGACGACGAGGGCAACGAGGUCGACGAGCACACGCUCUGGGAGAUGGAGCGCGAGGACCGCCUCAAGGCCAAGAGUCUCGAGCUGGACGACGACGAGCUCGCCGAGCUCGCGCACGACCAGAUGAGCAUGGUGGAGGCCAUCUCGGUCAUCCGCUCGGAGAAGAUCCAGCUGCAGCAGUUCUUCCUGACCGCCUUCCGCGAGGAGCAGGCGCGUACCGCGCACGUGCCCGGGCCUGUUCUGCGGCAGGCGCAGCGCACGGAGCUGCCCCCAGCCAUGCCACCCGCCGACCUGGAGCUGCCGCCGUACUGCGGCUACGUGAACCUGCUCAAGGACACGAUCCCCUUCCUGAUGCGCAGCUGGCACAAGCGCUGGUUCUACCUGGACUUCCAGGCGGGCGUGGUGCUCAUGUACAAGCGCAGCUACUGGAAGAGCCCGCGCGGCGUCAUCGACCUGCGCAACGUGGCGCACAUCGAGAAGAUGAGCCAGGGAGACUUCCGCAUCGAGUUCCACGACACGGGCGCCGACGCCCCGUCGAUGAUGCUCAUGCGCUCCAAGCUGCCGGAGGAGGCCGAGCUCUGGGUGAACCUGCUGCGCUUCGCCAAGCAGGCGUCGCGUGGAGCUCCUCGCCUCACCGACACGGUCAUGGACAACACCAAGGCGCUCAUGAAGAAGGCCAACAAGAAGAACCAGGUGGACAUCCUGGCGCAGCUGCUGACCAACUCGGCCAACAACGCGCGGUCAAGCAACCUGCGUGCCAUCGCGCAGGCCUCGGCAGUAGCGGCGUCGGCUGUCUCGAACAGACGCAAUAGCAAACACCACAGACACCAGAACGCGCUGACGGCAUAG